CGUGACCUGGUGAUGUUUUUAUGCAGUAUACUUUUUAACAUAUUAGUAAAUUGAUUACUGAAUUUUUCUUUUUGUUUUAAAAUGCUCACACUGCAUCUCCAAGUCCUGCUUGAGGGGAUAAGUUAUAGAAGGAGGAGUAUUGCAUGUCAGCUGUAUUCAGAUCUCCAAGUACAGGAGUAGGGGGGGGUAUGCUUGCUCAUGGAUAAUGAAGAAGUGUACUGAUUGCAUGUAGAAGUGCAGGCAUCUCUUAGCAAGCUAAAACUUACAGAACCAUGGCUCAGUUUCCAACACCUUUUGGGGGCAACCUGGAUAUCUGGGCUAUUACUGUGGAGGAGAGAGCUAAACACGAUCAGCAGUUCCACAGUCUGAAACCAACAUCUGGAUUUAUCACUGGUGAUCAAGCUAGAAACUUUUUUUUUCAAUCUGGGUUACCUCAACCGGUAUUAGCACAGAUAUGGGCUCUAGCUGACAUGAACAAUGAUGGGAGGAUGGAUCAGUUGGAGUUUUCAAUAGCAAUGAAACUUAUCAAAUUAAAACUACAAGGUUAUCAACUCCCAUCUGCACUGCCUCCUGUCAUGAAGCAGCCACCUGUUGCUCUGCCUAGUGCCCCAGGAUUUGGUAUUGGGGGCAUUGCCAGCAUGCCAUCUCUUACAUCAGUUGCCCCAGUGCCAAUGGCAUCUAUUCCAGUAGUAGGAAUGUCUCCACCAUUAGUAUCUUCUGUUCCUGCAGCAGCAGUACCUCCCCUGGCUAAUGGAGCUCCUGCUGUUAUACAGCCUCUGCCUGCUUUUGCUCAUCCUGCCACAUUGCCAAAGAGUACUUCCUUUACUAGAUCUGGUCCAGGAUCACAGCUAAAUGCAAAACUGCAAAAGGCACAAUCAUUUGAUGUGGCUAGUGUGCCACCUGUGGCAGAGUGGGCUGUACCUCAGUCAUCACGACUGAAGUACAGACAGCUGUUCAAUAGCCAUGAUAAAACAAUGAGUGGACACUUAACAGGUCCACAAGCAAGAACUAUUCUUAUGCAGUCGAGUUUACCACAGGCUCAGCUGGCUACAAUAUGGAAUCUUUCUGAUAUCGAUCAAGAUGGAAAACUUACAGCUGAAGAGUUUAUUCUGGCUAUGCACUUAAUUGAUGUAGCUAUGUCUGGUCAGCCGCUGCCACCUGUACUGCCUCCAGAGUAUAUUCCACCUUCUUUUAGAAGAGUACGCUCUGGUAGUGGCAUAUCUGCUGGAAGUUCAGUGUCUGCAGACCAAAGGUUACCAGAAGAACCAGCAUUAGAAGACGAACAGCAGCAACUGGAAAAGAAAUUACCUGUUACCUUUGAAGAUAAAAAACGGGAGAACUUUGAACGUGGCAAUCUAGAACUUGAGAAACGGAGGCAGGCUCUCUUGGAACAGCAACGCAAAGAGCAAGAACGUCUAGCACAGCUGGAACGGGCAGAGCAGGAAAGGAAAGAACGUGAGCGGCAGGAGCAAGAACGUAAAAGACAACUGGAGCUAGAGAAACAGCUGGAAAAACAACGGGAAUUGGAACGGCAGAGAGAAGAGGAAAGGAGAAAAGAAAUAGAAAGAAGAGAGGCUGCAAAACGGGAACUUGAGAGGCAGAGGCAACUUGAGUGGGAGCGUAAUCGUCGGCAAGAAUUACUAAAUCAAAGAAACAAAGAACAAGAGGAUAUAGUUGUUCUGAAGGCAAAGAAAAAGACCUUAGAAUUUGAGCUGGAAGCUCUAAAUGAUAAAAAGAAUCAGCUGGAGGGAAAGCUACAGGAUAUCAGAUGUCGGCUGUCUACCCAAAGACAAGAAAUCGAAAGUACAAAUAAAUCUAGAGAACUGAGAAUUGCUGAAAUCACCCAUUUGCAGCAGCAGCUACAGGAAUCUCAGCAGAUGCUUGGAAGGUUGAUUCCAGAAAAGCAAUUGCUUAAUGAUCAGCUGAAGCAAGUUCAACAGAACAGUUUGCACAGAGAUUCUCUUCUUACUAUCAAAAGAGCCUUAGAAGCCAAGGAAAUAGCACGUCAACAGCUUCGAGAUCAACUAGAUGAAGUAGAAAAAGAAACCAGAUCUAAACUUCAGGAAAUUGAUAUUUUCAAUAAUCAACUGAAGUCAGUGGCAAUGGAAGAUGCAAUGCUGCAGUGCCUGGCAGUUCUCCUGGGCUGCGUCAACUACUUAGACUCCUUUCUAAAGGAGUUGAGAGAAAUACAUAACAAACAGCAACUACAAAAGCAAAAGAACUUGGAAGCUGAGAGGCUGAAACAGAAGGAACAAGAAAGGAAAACAGUAGAACUAGAAAAGCAAAAAGAAGCUCAAAGACGAAUCCAGGAACGGGAUAAACAGCGGCUUGAUCGAGUGCAACCAGAAGAAGAACUUCAGUGGCAAAAAAAAAAUCAAGAAGAUGAGAAGCAAAAAAGGGAAGAAAUAACCAAGAAGAAGGAAAGUGACGAUAAGGGGAAACAGGAAAUGCCAGAGAAACUGAGCAAGCUUUUCCAGCCACAUCAAGAGACAAUCAAGCCAGCUGUCCAGGCUCCUUGGUCAAAUGCAGAUAAAGCUCCUCUAACCAUUUCUGCUCAGGAGGAUGUAAAAAUAGUGUAUUAUAGAGCACUGUAUCCUUUUGAAUCAAGAAGCCAUGAUGAAAUCAGUAUUCAGCCUGGCGACAUAGUCAUGGUUAAAAGGGAAUGGGUGGAUGAAAGCCAGACUGGAGAGCCAGGGUGGCUUGGUGGAGAACUGAAGGGGAAAACUGGAUGGUUCCCUGCAAACUAUGCAGAGAAAAUACCUGAAAAUGAAGUUCCAGCUUCUGUAAGGCCAGCAGUUGAUGCAACUGCUGCACCUAAAGUUUCUGUGCAUGAAACCACUACGUCAAUAGGAACUCCUGCUUCUACAGAGUGUACUACAACCAGCAAUAACUGGGCAGACUUCAGUUCAACCUGGCCAUCAAGCACUAGUGAGAAACCAGAGACUGAUAACUGGGAUGCCUGGGCAGCUCAGCCAUCUUUGACCGUUCCCAGUGCAGGGCAGAUGCGGCAGCGAUCAGCCUUCACUCCUGCCACUGUUACAGGAUCAUCUCCCUCUCCUGUCUUGGGUCAGGGUGAGAAAGUGGAGGGGCUUCAAGCACAGGCUUUGUAUCCUUGGAGAGCAAAAAAAGACAACCACCUUAAUUUCAACAAGAAUGAUAUCAUCACAGUUUUGGAGCAGCAAGAUAUGUGGUGGUUCGGAGAGGUUCAAGGACAAAAGGGGUGGUUUCCUAAAUCAUAUGUGAAGCUUAUUUCAGGGCCCAUUAGGAAGUCAACAAGCAUGGAUUCUGGUUCCUCAGAAAGUCCUGCUAGUCUGAAAAGAGUAGCAUCACCAGCAACAAAAGCAACCAUGUCAGGUGAAGAAUAUAUUGCUAUGUAUACUUAUGAGAGUUCUGAACAAGGAGACCUAACUUUUCAACAAGGUGAUAUGAUUCUUGUUACAAAGAAAGAUGGUGACUGGUGGACAGGAACACUGGGUGAUAAAUCAGGAGUUUUCCCAUCUAACUAUGUGAGACUCAAAGAUUCUGAGGCUCCUGGAACAGCUGGAAAAACAGGAAGUUUAGGGAAGAAACCUGAAAUUGCCCAAGUUAUUGCCUCUUACACAGCAACAGGUCCAGAACAGCUUACUCUUGCUCCUGGUCAGUUGAUUCUUAUCAGAAAGAAGAAUCCAGGUGGCUGGUGGGAAGGAGAGCUCCAAGCAAGAGGGAAAAAAAGGCAGAUAGGAUGGUUCCCUGCUAAUUAUGUAAAACUUCUGAGCCCUGGUACCAGUAAAACUACACCAACAGAGCUACCUAAAUCAACAGCAUUACCUUCAGUGUGCCAAGUAAUUGGCAUGUAUGACUACACCGCACAGAAUGACGAUGAGCUAGCGUUCAAUAAAGGCCAGAUUAUAAACGUCCUUAACAAGGAAGACCCAGACUGGUGGAAAGGGGAGGUGAAUGGACAAGUGGGUCUCUUUCCAUCCAACUAUGUGAAGCUGACAACAGACAUGGACCCAAGCCAGCAAUGGUGUGCAGACUUGCAUCUUUUGGAUAUGUUGACACCUACUGAAAGAAAAAGGCAGGGAUACAUCCAUGAGCUCAUUGUCACGGAGGAGAACUAUGUAAAUGAUCUGCAGUUGGUCACAGAGAUCUUCCAGAAACCACUAAUGGAAUCUGAGCUGCUAACAGAAAAAGAAGUUGCUAUGAUUUUUGUUAAUUGGAAGGAGCUGAUUAUGUGCAAUAUAAAACUACUGAAGGCUUUGCGUGUGCGUAAGAAGAUGUCUGGAGAGAAGAUGCCAGUGAAAAUGAUUGGUGACAUACUGACAGCUCAGCUGCCACACAUGCAGCCGUACAUUCGGUUCUGUAGCUGCCAGCUCAAUGGGGCAGCACUCAUCCAGCAGAAGACAGAUGAAGUCCCUGAGUUCAAGGAGUUUGUUAAAAGGUUAGCAAUGGAUCCUCGCUGUAAAGGAAUGCCACUAUCAAGUUUUCUACUAAAGCCUAUGCAACGGGUAACAAGAUACCCACUAAUAAUUAAAAAUAUAAUAGAAAACACUCCGGAAAACCAUCCUGACCACAGUCACUUGAAGCAUGCUCUUGAGAAAGCAGAAGAAUUAUGUUCUCAAGUAAAUGAAGGCGUGCGGGAGAAGGAAAAUUCAGAUAGGCUGGAGUGGAUCCAGGCUCAUGUUCAGUGUGAAGGCCUGUCAGAGGGGAACCUCGAUUGUUUUACUUUAUACAGUGCGUUGUUCUUCUUCUUCUACUUUUCGCAGCAACUCGUAUUUAAUUCUGUUACAAACUGCCUGGGACCACGCAAGUUUCUGCACAGUGGGAAACUCUAUAAAGCCAAGAGUAACAAGGAACUGUAUGGCUUUCUGUUCAACGAUUUCCUCCUCCUGACUCAGAUCAUAAAACCUCUUGGCUCUUCUGGCACAGACAAGGUCUUCAGCCCCAAGUCGAAUCUGCAAUACAAAAUGUACAAAACCCCCAUUUUUCUAAAUGAGGUACUAGUGAAAUUACCCACAGACCCUUCUGGAGAUGAACCCAUCUUCCAUAUCUCCCACAUUGAUAGAGUCUAUACCCUCCGGGCUGAAAGCAUUAAUGAAAGGACUGCCUGGGUUCAGAAGAUCAAAGCUGCUUCAGAACUUUACAUAGAGACUGAAAAGAAGAAGAGGGAAAAGGCCUACUUAGUUCGCUCACAAAGAGCAACAGGCAUUGGGAGGUUGAUGGUGAAUAUUGUUGAAGGCAUUGAACUAAAACCCUGUAGGUCUCAUGGAAAGAGUAACCCAUACUGUGAGGUGACAAUGGGCUCUCAGUGCCACAUUACCAAGACGAUACAGGACACCCUCAACCCCAAGUGGAACUCCAACUGCCAGUUCUUUAUCAAAGACCUUGAGCAGGAUGUGCUCUGCAUUACGGUGUUCGAGAGGGACCAGUUCUCCCCAGAUGACUUUUUGGGCAGAACAGAGAUCCGUGUGGCAGACAUUAAGAAGGAUCAGGGUUCAAAGGGACCAGUUACAAAGUGUCUCCUUCUACAUGAAGUUCCAACAGGAGAAAUAGUCGUCCGACUAGACCUGCAAUUGUUCGAUGAGCCUUAGAAGGAAAGGGACCAAUGUUUUCUUUCAGCCUGAGUUCACUGCAAUAGGUGUCUGCAGAAGCUGUCACAAAACCCUUACUGGUGUGGUAUGAAACUACUGCUUGCCCUUCACGCGUAAGAGGGUUAUCAAAGCAAACAGGAGCAUCUUUGUGCCUUGAUAAUUCUCACUGAAAAAUGAAUCCCAGUUUAGUGAGGAGACCUCCCUCAAUUUCUCUAUGAGGAACUUGAUGUUACGGUUUAUGAAACAACCUAGAUGUUUGUUGUGCUCCAGUCUGAAAGGCUGGCAAACCACAUAGGUUGCUGUGCUUGCUCCAGUUACCCUACUCUUUAAUUUAUAUGAAGAAGGCAACGCUGGUAUGUUUUGGAGGCUUUCUGCAGGGUUUUCCCCCUUAAGGAAUUCUGUGUCUAUUGCUCAGCAAAGUGGCGUGUAAAUGUAACGUGAGUGGAAGGAGCAGUUACGCAGUAAGAAGAUCUUUGGGGAUCUUCAUGAUGGUACUGAAAAGACUUAGAAAAUAAAUAGUCUAUAUGUAUAAACAGAGAAGAUUCUAUUAACAUACCACUUCAUGAUGCACGUUGCCCCUGAAAAUAAAUUAUGUACAGGCCUUCUGCACAGAGGUGAAUUGCAGUCCAGAAAAGUCCACCCACUUGGUACCUUUGGAAGUUGCUGUUUUCUGUAGGACUGUAAAUGUUUGAACAGUAAGUGAAGGAUUAAAUGUAGAGCCCUGCUGUAUGUUGUGCUAUGCCACUUCAAUGUUCCUUUCCUGCUGCUGCUUGCCUGUGUGACCACAGAUGGAUGAUCCAUCACCUGCAGUGGGGGAAUUCACAAAAUCACAGCUCUAGCUCUGGAAGCUAAUUCCUACCCCACAGAGUCUAGUUUGCAAAGCAAUUAGUGGUGACCAGUUAUUAAAUUGGACCAAGCCUGUGUUUGACACAGUGUCACUAAAUUCAGGGCAGCAGCAUUGUGUAGCUCACCAAGGUGUUUGUGGGAAGCCAGCAUGACCACAGGGUUGGUGGAAGCGAUACUGGAUGCAGCCAGAAACAGAGUGCUUGUGAUGGUGCAGAGUGGGUGACCCCAAAGUAAAAGCCUUGUCAUAUGGGGGAAUGCCAGGGCUUAUAUAUCCAUUUAACUCUACAAAUACACACACAUAGACCCACAUCCAGCAAACUUUCCCUGUUUCGCAAAGCACCCAGCUUUAAGCUUGCACUUACGUCUUGUUUCCCUUAAGCACAUGUGUAAGUGCUUUGCUGAGUCUGGACUCAAGAGAGAAUAGACUUCUAAGAGUAAAAUUCCUCUAUUCCUCUUUGUUCUCCUUGGAUUCAUUUUGUUCAUGACCUAUCAUGCAUACACUAGUAUUUUUGUAAGGACUUUCUUUCCGAAUGGGAGGUGUCAGCCUGUUUCAUUAGCAUGUGAACGUUCUCGUGGAGCCUGUUGUUAGGUUUUGGUGUUCCUUGCAUGUCCUUUCAGUACUGGUUUCACCCUUCCUGUAUAGGUGGUGUUCUCUAGCACUACAAGUCUUACUGAUUUCCAUUAGGAAAUUAGGAUAUAUUCAUAACGGAUAGGUAGAUGCAGUAUGAUAGUAAGUGUAAACUGUGCUGGGAAGUGUCUGUGUAUUAUAAUUUCCUAAAAGACCACUGUAAUGUUUCAAGCAAUGGGAAAAAAAAAUCCAAGUAUGUUGGAGGGACAACAAAGUUUACAUUUCAUACUUAUCAGAAUCGCUUUAUUAUUUAUUUAUUAAAGAUAGUGUAGAAUUUUGUAUCAGAAAUGACAGACAUACUUAUGUAUUUUUUGAAACAAAACAGAGAUACACACUUUAGUUGGAAACUUUCGACUGACCACAUUUUUAGAGGGAGUGUAACUUCCUAGGCAUGCAUUUGUUUACCACUAACUGGCUAAAAACACGAUUAAGAAAACUUUAAGUUUCUAUUUUUCAAUGUUGUUAAGAAAAUGGUUUCAAUUAAAAUCUGUAAAUAGUACUAAACCCAUGCUUUCCUAAUCCCAUAUCAAUACAUUUUAUGAAAUAUAAUGUAUAUGAAAAUACACAUUGUUGUGGUAGGAUAAAAAAGAGUGAUAAAAAUCUAUUACUGGAAUAACAUUAAAUGUCAUUGUCCAACCUUU